AUGGCCGAUUAUCGCGCAGGGGCUAGCUGCGCGUGCAACACUGCCGUGUUGAUGGAUUGCAUCGGCCAUUAUCUAACCGGACAGUAUGGUGACAACAUGACGAUUGCAACCCGUACGCGCCGCUACAAAACACCCUCUCCCCAGCUUCUGCGCGUAAGGAGGAAUGCGGCGAAUGAGAGGGAGCGGAGAAGGAUGUCCAUGUUGAAUACGGCUUACGAUAAGCUCCGUACCGUACUCCCGGAAAUGGACUCUGGCCGGCGCCUAUCCAAAUUUGAGACCCUCCAAAUGGCUCAGCAAUAUAUUCAGAGUCUCUCAAAGAUCCUGAAAUCCCCACAACAU